AGCAAGAAGUUAAAGGACGCUCCAGCAACAUUUAAAUCCAAAGUGUGGACUCACUUUGGAUUUUAUAGCAGUGCGGACGGGGCAAAGCUAGAAAAGGACUACGCAAUAUGCAAGAACUGCUUGGCAAAAGUCCGCUACACGGGAAACACGACAAACAUGCACAGCCACCUCACGCGGCAUCACCCGGAGCUCUGUGAGAAAGCCGUGGUUGGUGCUGGCUCGAAGCCGACACACCCCGGCGUAAACACCUUUUUCCAGGCAAAGCUACCACCUUGUUCUGCGAGGGCAAAGUCAAUCACAAAUGGGAUCGCUGUUUACAUGUGUAAAGGGCUCCGUCCGUACAGCGAGGUGGAGAACGAGGGGUUCUGCUUUUUGAUGAAAAUCUUAGAGCCACGCUUUGAUAUUCCCUCUCGGAAAUAUUUUUCUGAAAAAAUUAUUCCUGCACUUUAUGACCAGACCAGGGCUAAAGUUGAGUCGGCACUCGAGUCGGCAGAAAGAGUGGGGCUCACGUGUGACGGGUGGACAUCGAGAGCCACGGAGUCCUACAUAACGUUCACUGUACAUUUUAUAAACGAAGACUGGGAAAUGAAGUCAUGUGUCCUGCAAACCCGAGCAAUGCACGAAACGCACACUGGGGCACACAUUGCCGAUGUACUGAAAGCCACAGUGGGGGAGUGGAAUCUUGACGCUAAGAAGCCAGUGGUUGUCACCGACAAUGCAUCAAACAUGCGUGUAGCAAUGGACUUAACUUGAUUCCAACAUGUUAGAUGUUUUGCUCAUGUUUUAAAUCUUGCAUCCCAACGUGCGCUGAAAAUAGCUGCUGUUUCCAAGGUACUUGUCAAAGUUAGGAGGAUCUCAACAUUCUUUCAUAGAAGCACAACUGGAGCAGAAGCACUGAAAAGAAACCAGAAACUCCUUGGCCUCCCCCUUCACAAGCUCAUCACGGACAUGCCUGUUCGUUGGAAUAGUGCCUAUGAGAUGGUCUCCAGGUUUCUUGAGCAACAGCCAGCUGUCUGUGCUGCCCUCUUAUCAACAGAGGUAAGAAAAAAUGUGACUGACUGUGCUCUGACAGAGAAUGACAUCUCAAGCGCUGAAGAGAUGGUGGAAGCACUUAGACCAAUGCUUGUGGCAACAAAUAUCAUGUGUGAGGAAAAGAAUCCCACCAUUUCAGUGGUUGCUCCUCUUCAUGCCCAACUGCUGCGAGACACAACCGGCACUGAAGAAGAUUCCCCUCUGGUUCGAGAGAUUAAGGGAGCCAUCAAUCAAGACCUUUCAAAGAGAUAUCAAUCAGAGGUGGAAAAAGAUCUCCUACGCAUGUCCUCAGCCCUGGACCCUAGAUUUAAAUCCCUUUUAUUUCUGUCACCUGAAGAAGUGCAAGACACUUAUGCAAAACUACAGUCAAAAGCUGCAGCUUUAAAGGAGGAUGAUCCAGUGCCUUGUGGUGAUGUUCAGGGGGAUUUAGAGGAAGAGGAGACCUGCACAGCAAAGAAAAGAAAGUCUGCACUUGUUGAUCUUCUUGGUCAAACCUUCAAGAAGACCUCUUAUGUCUCUACAUCAGCAACCUCAAUUGCAGAGAAGGAGAUAAAACAAUAUCAAGAUGCUCCUUCUCUGCCUAUCACUGAAGAUCCACUGUUGUGGUGGAAAUCUCAGCAACAUGUGUUCCCUCUCCUCUCCAAGCUGGCCCAUAUGCAUUUGUGUAUUCCUGGGACCAGUGUAGCAGCUGAGAGGGUCUUUUCAACCGCAGGAGAUAUCAUCAGUGCCCAAAGAAGUUCACUCACUCCUGAACAUGCUGACCAACUCCUCUUUCUCAAGAAAAAUAUGAACCUAUAAAACACAUCACAUUAAGCUGUUUUCUAUUUUGUUCUGAUUUUUUUUUUAUUUUUGGAUGCACUUUAAGUUGGGUACAUUUUAGAUUUACUUUAUCCCUGAUAUAUUUAUUUUUUAUUUGAAAGCAGUAGCCCAAAGGUUUAUGUUUCUUGCACUUAAUAGUGUCACUGUUCAUGUUUAUGAAGGACAAUCAUAUAGUAUUGUUUACACUGUAUCUGUCCUCAGCCUUACAGCUAUUUUGCACCCAAAUGGUGUCACCGUUUGUCGAAGACAUAGUAUUACUACUUAUUGCAGCAAUGUUACACUAAAAUAGUGUCUGUGACUGUUUUGUUGCAACUGAUAAGACACAAGUUGUUUUUGUUAUUGUGUUUCAUCCAAAAAAAAUAAAUGGAGAUUCAUUUUCC